GGAGGAGGGAUCAGAGCUUGUUGCUGGGACUGGACCGGGACAGGAGAGCGAACGGACGGCUCUUCUGCGGGAAGUGAAAGCCCAUCCAGAGCUUUGUUCCCCAUUUUCUAACUCCCGUAUCUCCCUUUUCUUUCUCGGCUUUUACCUCCUGCUGAUAUGAGAAGAUAAAUCAACAGAGGAUCAGCUGCUAACGAAGUUUUGAAGUUGUUGGAAAGAGUUCAGACAAGAGAAGAGGAAGAUGCUGGGGUUAGAGGUCAUCGUGCUCUGUCUUCUUUUUGGAGCCCUGACUCACGGCCAGCCAACACAACAGUGCAACAAGCAGAAUGAUUGUGCAGUAGACGUGUACUUCACCAUAGACACAUCUGAGACCAUCGCCAUGCAGGAGCCACCCCCUGGAGCGCUGGUGGAGAGCAUCAAGACAUUCGCUGCGCUGUUUGCAGAGCGUUUGGAAGAUGCUGAACUUAAAGGUGUCGUGCGGAUCAACUGGAAUAUCGGUGGACUGCACUUCUCCCAGAUCCAGAAAGAGUUCAGUACCAUCGGACCCAAGGCCACUUUCAUCACUGGCGUCAAGGCAAUCCAAUACCUGGGUAAGGGUACUCACACCGACUGCGCCAUCAGCAACAUGACCGAAAAAAUGCUGCGCUUUCCCUCUACUACCGACCCCAGUUUAGUUCGAUUCGCUGUGGUCAUCACUGACGGCCACGUGACUGCGAACCCAUGCGGGGGCAUCAAAAUGGCAGCAGAGAGGGCUCGCGAGAAGGACAUCCAUAUGUUUGUUGUGGCGGCAUCGAGGAACAUCGAAGAGACGGGGCUGAGGGAGAUUGCCAACUCUCCUGCGAGCGUCUACAGGAGGGAUUUCAUGGCUGUGGAUCUGAGCCAGGGCAGAGCCAUCAUACAUGAAGACACCAUUAACCGCAUCAUUGACACCAUGAAACAUUUGGCGUUUGUACAGUGUUACAAUGUGACCUGUCUGGAGACACCAGGGCCUGACGGUCCAACAGGUCCCCGAGGACAAAAAGGAGCUAAAGGAGACAACGGCGACCCAGGUCUAAAAGGAUUAAAAGGUCGCCCAGGAGACCCCGGUAUCGAGGGUCCCAUCGGUCAGCCCGGUAGCAAAGGACAACCAGGUGUACAAGGCGAUAAGGGAGAGAUUGGUACUCAGGGGAAAAAGGGCGUGGCUGGCGUUGAAGGGCGCAAUGGUACAGAUGGACAGAAGGGUAAAAUUGGACGGAUCGGCGCUCCCGGCUGCAAAGGAGACCCAGGCGACAGAGGUCCUGAUGGUCACCCUGGAGACGUCGGUGAACGUGGUUUUGCUGGUACUAAUGGAGAAAAGGGUGAUCCCGGUCGCCCUGGAAGACCUGGUCCCUCUGGCCUAUCUGGAGAGGAUGGACCAAAGGGAGAGAGGGGAAGUCCUGGAUCACCUGGCGUCCCUGGACUGAAAGGAAACCCAGGAACCCCUGGAGAUCCAGGAGUCAGAGGAGAACCGGGGAGAAGAGGAGACUAUGGGCCAAAGGGUGCUCAAGGGUCAGAUGGAGUUAAGGGAGACAAGGGUGAAAUGGGGCCAGAGGGCUUGAGAGGACUUCCAGGUGAAUCCGGAAACAAGGGAACAAAGGGAGACAAUGGCCUGCCAGGCCCCAGGGGACCACCGGGGACACCAGGAGAGGCUGGGAGAAAUGGUACCAGAGGUGACCCUGGUGAUGCUGGACCAAGAGGCGAUCCUGGACAGAUUGGACCAAAGGGAGAUCCUGGAAGACCUGGCUUCAGCUAUCCUGGGCCUAGAGGAUCAUCGGGUGACAGAGGAGAGAAGGGCAAUCGUGGACCUCGCGGCGGCAGAGGAGACUGUGGUUCAAAGGGUGAACCAGGAAAUAAAGGAACUUUCGGAGAGGACGGUGAGCCAGGAUCUCAGGGUGAACCUGGCCUAAGAGGGCCAAGAGGAGAGCUUGGGCGUGAUGGAGAUCCUGGCCCUGAGGGAGAUCCCGGCCUCACUGAAUGUGAUGUCAUGAACUACAUCAGGGAAACAUGUGGCUGCUGUGAUUGUGAGAAACAAUGCGGAGCCUUGGACAUUGUGUUUGUGAUCGACAGCUCCGAGUCAGUGGGUAUGACCAACUUCACCCUGGAGAAGAACUUUGUCAUCAACACCAUCAACAAACUGGGAUCCCUUGCCAAAGACCCUAAUUCAGACACAGGCACAAGAGUGGGAGUUGUUCAGUACAGUCACAGUGGAACCUUCCAGGCCAUCCUGCUCAACGACCCCAAGAUCGAUUCGCUGUCUGCUUUCAAGGAUGCAGUGAAGCGCUUGGAGUGGAUUGCUGGAGGAACAUGGACUCCAUCAGCUCUGAAGUACGCCUAUGACAACCUGAUUAGGGACAGCCGCAGAGCCAAAGCCAAAGUCACUGUUGUUGUCAUCACUGACGGACGCUUCGACCCCAGAGAUGACGACCAGCUGCUCGACUACCUCUGCAGACAAACUACCCCUGUUGAUGUGAGUGCCAUCGGAAUCGGAGACAUGUUCGACCAGAUUGAGGAGAAUGAGAGUCUGAAGAGCAUUGCCUGCCAGAAAGAUGGCAGGGUGCUGGGCAUGAAGCGCUUUGCAGACCUGGUGGCAGAAGAGUUCAUCGACAAGAUUGAAACCGUGCUCUGCCCAGAGCCUGUCAUCAUAUGCCCUGAUCUCCCCUGUAAAUCAGAGCCUGCCGUGGCUAGCUGUGUUCAGCGACCAGUGGAUGUGGUGUUCAUGUUGGAUGGUUCUGAGAGGAUGGGACUGGAGUCCCACCGCAGGGCCAAAGAGUUUAUUGAGAACGUAGCUCGCCAGCUCACCCUUGCCAACAGCCGUUCAGACGACAGGAAUGCCCGCUUGGCUCUGCUGCAGUACGGCAGCCCUGCAGAACAGAGGGUGGAGUUUGCGCUCACUCACAAUCUUACAGUGAUCUCUGAUUCGCUGGCAAGGGUGACCUACAUGGACUCGUCUUCUGCUCUGGGCAGCGCCAUCAUCCAUGCUGUCAACAAUCUGGUGGUUCCACAGCAGGGUCAACGCUUGGCUCGUCGCAACGCUGAGCUGGCCUUUAUAUUCAUCACUGAUGGGAUCACAGCCAGUGAACAGCUGGAUGAGGGCUUGACUGCUAUGAAGCGAGUGGAAGGCGUUCCCACGGUCAUCGCCAUGGGAACAGACACAGAUGAAGAGGUGCUGCGGAAGGUGUCGCUAGGGGACAUGUCUGCUGUCUUUAGAGGAGCUGACUACAGCAUGCUGAACAAACCCUCAUUCUUUGAGCGCUUUAUCCGCUGGAUAUGCUAGUGAGGAACUGUAACUCUCUCCAUACAAUUAGAACCCAUAGAGUUAAAGAAGGGCCAGCUCCUUCAGCGUACGCUUUAUUUUGGUUUUAUUUUGUAUCGAAUUUCAGUUUGCAGUGUGUUGCUCUCUCUUUCACACACACACACACACACACACACACACACACACACACACACACACACACACACACACACACACAGUCUGUCUUCACAAAGUCAGUAUUUACUUUAACGGUGCUAAAGUAGAAAUAAAGGACAAAGCCAUGCCAGUGGUUCUGAAAACUUUUUUUUACAUCAUGUUAUGCUGUAAUUACUGUAGUUUGUUUCAGGGGGGAAAUCAUGUAGACAUAUCUUCUUCAGGGGGAAAUAGAAUCUCACAUUACGGUAAUGUCCUACACUCAGCCACAUGAGAAUCACACACAUAUGCUGUAGUUAUUUACACAUGAUUUGACAGACAAACAUAAAAGAACCAAAUCUGUAAACAUGAAGUCCAAAUAAACCCUUAUGUGGUUACCCCAGCACUGUCUUUUAUGUUUGCAAGAUAUAUAAAUGUGUGAUGUGUUAUAUGUUUUUGUUGUGCAAUUUGUCAUUAAAUCACUGUAAUCUUA